AGGGGACGCAUGUCUAGUUUCAAGAUGAAGAUCGUGAAUUUUUAUCUUUUCGUUCCCUCUCGAUCGCACGGAAUCAAUCUAGCACGGGCCGAGGGUUACGUGGGAAACUGACUGUGAUGAUAAAAAGAAGAGUUUGAGAUAUGAGAGGUGCAAUCGGUGAUCUGAUAGUAUCCUUUCCUGGCACAAAACAGAAGAACCUCGUCGCAAACGAUCGAAAGAAUGCGUUUCACGAGUUUGAAAUGAGCGCGCCAAGUGGCAAGCCUGGAAAACGGAAGACCGCUCGCCAAUCCCGUUCGACUACGAUUGCACGGCUGCUAGCACACUUCGGACGCAACGCGACCGAGGACGACAACCGUAAUGGCUGGAACAGUUCGGGCGUUAUAGUGGCGCAACAUCCAAAACGUUUCGUAGUGCCGUCGUGCCGUCUCGCGUUACGCAGUCGUAAUUCACUUUUCCGUCCGUCCGGUGUCUCCUCGUUACGUGGCAGAUUCUGCGAAAAACCUAUCAAGAUGAGCGACGAAGGAUUCGACCCAUGCGAAUGCAUGUGGAAUCAUCUGUCUGUGCAGCAUCUACUUUCUAUUUUACGACAAUCGCAGGAUUAUUGUACGGAAACCGAGUGCUUCAGUGUGUCGAGAAUUCCAGGACCACCGCCGAAUGUUCAUAGUGAAUCGUCAGACUUUGUCUUUGCUUGGUUCGUUAUUGCCUUCCUCGUUCUCAUGUAUGCAUUUAGACCGAGAUCUUUGCGACAGCCGAGCAGGAACAUUACUAAAAACAGCAACGAGCCCGAUUCGCACGACGAUCCAUCGCCACCGACCGUGAAUUAAAGUGUAAAUGGCAUCACAGGGAGAUCUUGUUAUUUGAAGUUUUAUACCAGGAUCUGCGCUAAAAUUGUAGAAAUAGGGGAAAGUUAUGGUAGACGCGAUGUUGACGAUUAUCUUGUAAUAUACGCGUUAGCGAGUUAUAUCAAUCGAAUUUCUGGAAGUAUAAUUUCCUACACACAUGCGAUUAUUUUAUAUGACAUAAUAUAUAUAUAUAUAUAUAUAUAUAAUUUUUUUCUUUAGAUUCUUUCUACGAGUAUUAUGUGCGUAGAUUUGUCUACGGAUAGUAUAAAAUAUUACAAUUUUUCGAAAUAGUGAUUUAACGAUUACAUCAUUAAUAUGAAAUCUCUAGUAUUCUUUACUCUGACGUGUUCGUCGAAACUAGCGGAUGACGGCAGGUAAUGGAUGAAUAAGUUAUUAUUAACCAUCGACCAGACACAUGAACUUUAAAACAACGUUUUUAUAAUAUUUUUUUAUUCCUUUUUACGAAUACUAUCACGACUUCAAAACGUUUUUUCAUAUCUCAUAUUGUAUAUUCAUAACAUUCUAAUCAGAUGUUUAUAAAUGUUGUAAUUAUUUUAUAAAAUAUAAACUUUGGAUAGGCAAAUAGAGUCUCGAAAUUGCACAUAGUAUUUUCUUUAUAAGUUGAUAAAACUGCUUUUUCUUGACACAUAUUGAAUAUAAUGAUUUUAUUUUCUUCAUAUAACGUAUAUGACCCAGUAAGACUAAAAAUUGAACAAUAAUAUUUAAAGAUUUUAAAAUCUGUACGGAGAAGAUACUAAGAAUACAACUGUGUAAUGAUAAAAAUAAUGUGACUAGUCGAAGGUUAAUAAGAUAAUACCUGCUUGUGUGAUAAUAAAGAUGUAUUAUACUUGAACAUAGUUCAUCUUUAUUAAAAACAUCUAUUAUUAAAAAUCUGUUAUUAAAGACGAUAAAAAGUUUAAGUACCUGCGAAUGGAUAGUCAUAUAAAGGAGGUAUUUAUAUUUAAUAUGGAAACCAUAAGAGAAUAAUUCGAAUCUACUCAGAAUUACAAAAAGUAAUUCACCGCGUCAAAGAAACAUUCACGUAUGAUUACCGAAUGUGCAGUUAUCUAUUAUAAAAUAAAUCAUGAUAAUCAAUAGUUUGGGAUCUAUGUGGUUCAAGCUAUUUAUAAUUUGUCUUUUUCUAUAACAUGAAUGUAAUAAAAAAAUAUGGGAACACAUUUUUUCAUUUUUUAGCGUUACACGAAAUUAAUAUUUACAAAUUUAAUUUUUACUGUUCACGGAGAAAGAUUAAAAUAUUUAUACACAGUUUUAUAAUCAUUUCGAUAUUACUCAAAGUGCAAAUAUCUUGUAAACGUUUUGCGCAAAUCUGAAGAACAGAAGAUAUCGUGAUUAUACACAAAUAACAGUUAUAUUAAUAGUACUUCGCGACUUUCGCAUAAUGAAUAUGGUCUAUGAUUAAAUGUUUUAUACCAAUAACAAUGUUAUUCAAUAAUGUACAUUCCCCAUAUUUUCGAUAAUAAAACAUUUCUCCACAUUGCAA